AUGGAGGUCAGGAAAAACAAGCACCUUAUGAAAGGUGGCAAAAAGGGAGCCAAGAAGAAAGUGGUUGAUCUGUUUUCUAAGAAAGAUUGGUAUGAUGUGAAAGCACCAGCUAUGUUCAAUAUAAGAAAUAUUGGAAAAACACCAGUCAUAAGAACUCUGGGAACCAGAAUCCCAUUUGAUGGCCUCAUGGGUUGUUGUUUUUGA